AUUUUCCCACCAGAGUGAAAGGCUCGCAAAGGCCGACUCCUCCACCCGGCACCGGUCCUUUCCGUCUCAGCCGCGAAAGUAAUCCACAAUCAGAGCAGACCGUGGGAAGGCAGCGGGACAGUGUGUUUGCACAUAACUAGAUCUGAAGCUGUCAUCCUGAGCGGCGUGGAGACGACGGCUCAAUCGCCAAACGCCCGGAUGAGAGCAGCAGGCGACAUUCAGGGCAACAUGGUCGCCUGAGUCGGUCGAGUCGAGGGCAUCGAUUCCGUGGGGGGGGGACGACGGCCACUGCUGGAAUCUGUGUGACAUUUUCGACGCAGCCCACGGAGAGAGCGGUUCUGAGAAAACACAGGCGGAGGAUAGAGGCGUGGAAGCGGAGCGGAACAGCACACUUCCCCCUUGUGGUGUCUUAUUUCGUUGGUGAAGGAACGUGCAGACAGGCUGCCUAACACUAAGCUAUGGAAUGCUCCCUGCACCCACCAUCACUAGUCUCCAAUCUUUGGACUGAGCUCCAAACGCUUAGUUAGCGGCUGUGCUUCUCCCCUCGAACUCUUUACAACCAGGGGACGAAGAAAAGGAGCGGGCUUACCAAGUCCUCCGCUAAAAACGCACAGAGCACUUCUUUUUUUUUCUUUUUUUUAAGAAUAUUUAAGCUAGUUUUUUAUCUGUUUUUCUCCACUUGGAUUUUCGUCUGGUGAAAUCAUAUCAAGAUGGAUAUGGAUUCGUAUCUGUGGAUGGUCAUUGUCGGCUUCAUCAUUGCCUUCAUCCUGGCCUUUUCAGUGGGCGCCAAUGAUGUGGCCAAUUCGUUCGGUACAGCAGUGGGGUCCGGUGUGGUCACACUGAGGCAGGCCUGUAUCCUGGCAUCCAUCUUUGAGACACUGGGCUCAAUGCUGCUGGGGGCCAAAGUGGGUGAGACGAUUCGGAAGGGCAUCAUAGAUGUCAGCCUGUACAACGACACGGUGCCCGUGCUCAUGGCAGGGGAGGUCAGCGCCAUGGUCGGGUCGGCAGUCUGGCAGCUAAUCGCCUCCUUCCUCAAACUACCCAUCUCUGGGACUCACUGCAUUGUUGGCGCCACCAUCGGUUUCUCCAUGGUGGCCAUUGGCACCAGGGGCGUGCAGUGGAUGCAGCUUGUCAAGAUUGUGGCAUCAUGGUUCAUCUCCCCCUUGCUCUCGGGACUGAUGUCUGGACUCCUCUUCAUGCUCAUCAGACACUUCAUCCUGAACAAGGACGACUCUGUCCCUAAUGGCCUGCGAGCACUGCCUCUCUUCUAUGCCUCCACCAUCGGGAUCAACACAUUUUCCAUCAUGUACACUGGAGCCCCAUUGCUUGGGAUAGAGAUGCUACCGGUGUGGGCCAUCUUUCUCAUAACUUUAGCCGGGUCGCUGGUCUGUGCAGCUCUGGUCUGGAUACUCGUGUGUCCUUGGAUGAAGAGGAAAAUAGCAAGUCGUCUAAAGAAGGAGCAGGCCCUGUCCAGGAUCUCUGAUGAGAGCCUGGACAAGAUACCUGAAGAGGAGGAGGAGAGUCCCGUCUUCAAGGAACUUCCAGGGGCCAAGGGAACAGAUGAGGCUGUGUUGCCGCUCACGGGGGGCAGCGGUGAACGGGGCGCCCGUGACUCCAGUGGAGAGCUCACCAACCUGGCUAAUGGAGGCACCGUCCUGCCAAAUGGCAGGGUGUAUGGUCGGACACACUCAAUGACCAAUGGUUGCCUAAAGUCGCCCAUCUCUAACGGCAGCUUCAGCUUCGAUGGCCACAUGCGCAGCGAUGGCCAGGUGUACCACACGGUACAUAAGGACUCAGGUCUCUAUAAAGACCUGCUUCACAAAAUCCAUCUGGGCCGCAUGGAUGACAGCGAGCGCUCGGGCUCCAACGCCGGCCCGGCUGACAACAAUUACCGUCUGCUGCGCCGCAACAACAGCUAUACCUGCUACACAGCGGCGAUAUGCGGUAUGCCCGUCCAGCCGCUCAUACGCACAGAGUCACGGGAGGACAGUGAAAAGCUGGUGGGUGAAGGGGGCGGCAGGAGCAACAGCGUGUCCUACUCCAAGAAGAGGGUGCGCUACGACAGCUACUCAUCGUACUGUAACGCUGUUGCGGAGGCUGAAAUUGAGGCAGAGGAGGGCGGGGUGGAGAUGAAGCUGGCCACGGAGCUGGAGGGGGUGGAGGAGGAAGGGGCUCCAGCUCCUGUGCCUCUGGACGACUUGGCCGAGGAGGAUCAUGAGGAGAAGGACAAGCCUGAGGUGUUCCAGCUUUUUCACUUCCUGCAGAUCCUCACUGCGUGCUUCGGGUCCUUUGCCCACGGAGGCAACGAUGUCAGUAAUGCCAUCGGGCCUCUGGUAGCGCUGUGGAUGAUCUAUGACCAGGGUGGUGUGAUGCAGGAUGCUACGACUCCCGUCUGGCUGCUGUUGUAUGGUGGUAUAGGCAUCUGCAUUGGCCUGUGGGUGUGGGGCCGACGCGUCAUCCAGACCAUGGGCAAGGACCUGACUCCCAUCACCCCCUCAAGCGGAUUUUGCAUUGAAGUAAUGAGUGCGCUAACAGUGCUUGUUGCAUCAAAUGUGGGCAUCCCAAUAAGCUCCACCCACUGCAAGGUGGGCUCGGUCGUGGCCGUGGGUUGGAUCCGCUCCCAGAAGGCGGUGGACUGGCGCCUCUUCAGAAACAUCUUCCUGGCGUGGUUUGUCACGGUGCCAGUGGCCGGCCUGUUCAGCGCUGCCAUCAUGGCCCUGUUCGUCUACGGCAUCCUGCCCUUUGUCUGAGGGCACCCUGCUGGGAGGGAGAAGAGAGGAGGAGAGAGAGUCAGAGAGAGAGAGAGAGAGAGAGA